AUGGACGCAGCGCCAGAUUCCGCCAAACCGGUAGCCAUUAUUGGCAUGGGAUUUCGUCUCCCAAGUGGCAUCUCAACAGACGCCCAGUACUGGGAUCUCCUAAUAAACAAGAAGAACGGUAGAUGUAGGGUUCCAGCAACGCGAUACAAUGUUGACGGCUUCAGCGGCGGCAAAACGCAGACCCAGUUCCUUGCCACGGAGUAUGGCUACUUUCUGCAGACGGAGCUUUCCAACAUUGACCCGUCCUUCUUCUCCAUGAAGCCGGCCGAGGCGACGUUGCUGGAUCCUCAAUUGAGGCUGCUGUUGGAAGUUGCCUGGGAGUGUAUGGAGAGCGCGGGCCAGACGCACAAGCUUGUUGGAUCCGACACUGGCGUCUUUGUCGGCGUUUUUGGGGAAGACUGGCACAAUAUGCUGCAUCGAGACGACCUGAUGCCCAACACAUGUAGAGUGCUGAGUGCGGGCGAUUAUGCGCUAUCCAACAUGCUGUCCCAUCACAUGACAAUACGAACGGCCUGUUCGUCUUCCCUUUCAGGACUUCACAUUGCUUGCCAGUCUCUCAACAGCGGCGACUGCUCGGCGGCGAUGGUGUUGGGUUCGAGUCUCAUCAUGGACCCGUCCAUGACCUUGGACAUGUCGGCACAGGGUGUCCUUGCCCCCGAUGGUCAAUGCAAAAUAUUCGAUACCCUCGCAGACGGCUUUGCACGCGCAGAAGCAGUUAAUGCUAUACUACUCAAGCCCCUGGAAGCGGCUAUCCGGGAUGGUGACCCGAUUCGAGCUGUUAUUCGCUCCACGGCCGUCAACUCGGACGGCAAAACACAGCAUGUGGGCACGCCCAGCGCCGAGGCCCAACAUUCCUUGAUAUUACGAGCCUAUCAAUCGGCAGGUAUCGACGAUCUCUCCAAGACACCAUUUGUGGAAUGCCAUGGCACGGGUACCAUGAAGGGUGAUCCAAUAGAAACGACGGCCGUGGGAAAGGCUUUUGGUACCCGGGGGACCUACAUCGGCUCUGUCAAGCCAAACUUGGGCCAUGGAGAGGGAGCAGCAGCCCUGACAAGCGUCAUCAAAUGUGUCCUGGCACUGGAGAAUAAGACGAUACCACCUAAUGUCAAUUUCGUCACACCAAACCCAAGAAUUCCUUUUGAAGAGUACAAUCUUCAAGUGCCGGGAGAGCCUGUUCCUUGGCCGGAGGGCCGGUGCCAGAGAAUCAGCAUCAAUUCCUUCGGAUUUGGCGGUGCCAACGGGCAUGUUAUUCUCGACUCUGCUGCUUCAUUUGCGGCCUACUGCGGCGCUGCCCGUCAACGGUACAGCAGCUCAGACAGCGAUAGCCUCGAACAUGGGCUCUCGCACUCGGACGAAAAUUUUUUGAGCCUUAGCCUACCUGCCAGCGUCUCUUCCCAAAGCUCUGACUGCGACUCUACUGUCCCAGAGGAGUUCCCGCGCAUCGUUGUCCUUUCUGCGCGUAGUGAAGAGUCCAUCAAGAGACGAAUUGCGGCGUUUGAGGCUUACAUGACAAACUCGCCGCCUGCAAUAAAUGAUAUCGCCUACACUCUUGGGAUGCGGACAGCACACAUGUCUCAUCGAGCGUUUGCUAUUCACCACAACGACAUUCAUCAGGCACUGCAAUUCAGCGUCGGAAAAAAGAUUAUCACAGGAAAAGAAAAGGAGACCAAGGUUGCCUUUGUCUUUACCGGCCAAGGCGCGCAGUGGUCGGGCAUGGGAAGGGAACUCGUUCACUCCUCAGCGACGUUCCGCGAGGACAUACGAAAUAUGGACAAGGUUUUGCAAUCGUUACCUACGGCACCGAAAUGGACAUUGGAAGAUGUUUUAUGCCGUGACGAUGAAGCAGAAACACUGUCCUGUCACAUUGCUGAACUUGCGCAGCCUCUUUGUACCGCCAUCCAGGUUGCCUUGGUGAAUUUCCUGAGAAAAUGUGGCAUCAAGCCAAGUGCUGUUGUCGGGCACUCGAGUGGCGAGAUCGCCGCUGCUUACGCAGCCGGAGCAAUCGACUAUUCUGAGGCCAUUCUGUGCUCUUACUUUCGCGGCCUCGUAACCACCAAACUACAAUCCGAUGGGAGCAUGGCUGCCAUUGGGCUGGGACGGGACCAUGUGACGGCUCAUCUCGUAGAUGGUGCGCAAAUUGCGUGCGAGAACAGCCCCAAGAGUGUGAGCAUAUCGGGCAAUUCUGAAGCCGUAUGCAAGACUAUGGAGAAUAUAGAGGCCGUAAACAAGGACACGUUUAUGCGAAAGCUCAAAGUCCAGGUUGCGUAUCAUUCCCCCCAGAUGAGCCCAGUCGCCACCAAAUAUGAGGAGAUGAUGAAACCAUACCAUACUGGCACCAAAGCUUGGAAGUGUCCAUUCUACUCCUCCCUGUAUGGCAAGCUUGCCGAUCCCAAAAUGGGGCUUGGUCCAUUGUAUUGGAAAGACAACAUGGUGUCUCCAGUACUCUUCUUUUCUGCGACACGCCAACUCCUCGACGACCUGCCCGAGAUAACCGCCAUGGUGGAAAUCGGGCCACAUCCGGCUCUCCAAGGGCCUGUACGCCAAAUCAUCGAAUCCAAGUCUCCGCAGCCAUCCGUCACUUAUCUUGGUACGCUUGUCAGAGACAAACCCGCACACGAUGCCGUUCUCACCACGCUAGGCCGGCUGUAUACAAUGGGCCAUGAUAUUGACUUUUCCUUUCUAAACCCUGGCGGUUCUGUGGUGGCAGAUUUGCCACGCUACUCUUGGGACCACAAACGAUAUACGUGGACAGAGAGUCGUCUUUCCAAGCACUGGAGAAUGCGGCAGUUUGCUCAUCACGAGCUGCUGGGUAUACGUUGCACGACGCCGUCCGAAUUCGACGCAACAUGGAGAAACGUGUUCCGCCACUACGACAUCCCGUGGCUCAAGGACCACAUGCUGAAUUCAGACAUUGUGUUCCCGGCGGCUGGCUAUGUCGCAAUGAUGGGCGAGGCCAUACGGCAGCUCCUGGGCUCGGAAGCGUACAUCCUCGAAGAUGUCCUUGUCAAGGCGGCCUUGAUAGUGCCGGAGGCAGAGCCGGUGGAAAUAAUGACAACCAUGCGUCCAUUUAGACUCUCUGGAUUGAGUAACUCGUCUACCUGGUACGAGUUGUCCAUUUGCUCCUUGUGCGCCGAUACAUGGGUUGAGCACUGCGUCGCCCGCGGCAAGGCCAGGAGCGAGGGCGGAAACGGCAACAGCAAACAAACAACGACGGCACCCCUGCAGCGCCAGGUGAAUGAGGACUGCUUUUAUAACCGGCUCCAAUACCUCGGUUUCUGUUAUGGGCCGCAUUUUCGGCGACUGCGAGAGCUUACAGCCGACACCGAUAGGCAGCACGCUGUGGGUGCUGUGACUGACACAACGAACAAGAACGAAGCCUUUUACGCGUUGCAUCCGACCACGAUCGACUUGGCUCUUCAACUAAGCGCUUUAGCUGCCUGCCAAGGUAUCGGGAGACGUCUCGACAUACUAGCUGUACCCGUGGAACUGAAGCACAUCAUGGUGUGCCCUGGCGGGCCGGAGCUUGUGCUUGACGCAGUCACGGACACGGACAACAACACGGCAAGCAUCUUGGCCAUGUCAGAAGACACGGGGAAAACCGCUUUGGAAAUUCGAGACGGCAGGUUUCUGCCGUUCAAUAACGGCGGUCUGCAGAAACAGGAGCCCCUUCAUGCGGCGCACGUGGAGUGGCUACCGGAUCUGGACUUGUACGACAAAAUCGACUUCGCGAGAACAAAUGGCAACAGCAGGAAGGUGAACAAGACGCUGGACCAUGCUACCGCAGUUGUUGUCGUUCAAAUGCUCCACGAGCUGGACUCGCUCGGAAUUGACGCCGCAACAACGCCAGGCGACCUCCCAAAGUAUAUCGCUUGGUUGAGGGAGGAGAAGAACAAGUACACCCAAGACGAGGAACUUGCAAGUUUAUUUUCCCUCUCGUCCAAGACGAGAAUAGAGAUGCUCGACUCCCUGCGGAGACAAGUACAAGACGACGACGAUGAAACCAGUCUUGCCUUGGCAAAUAUGUAUGUCAGGCUCGCCACGAGUGAGAACAUUGCGGCGAUUUUCACGGGAAGCAUCAAGCCCUUGCAAAUAUGCCUGGAUGACAAGGGGCUGGAGAGCUUUUACGUCAAUGGCCAGAGUCUGGUCUCGCCCAGGGAUUUCCUCAGACUGUGCACUCAUUCCAAGCCGACUCUGUCUGUUCUCGAGAUUGGCGCGGGGACAGGAGCGACCACGGAGGCCAUGUUGCAAGGUCUAGUGGCCGAGGAUGGGAGGCGAGUAUACUCCAAAUACGUCUUUACUGACAUUUCCAGCGGGUUUUUUGUCUCUGCCAGGGAUAAAUUUGCCAAAUGGGACGGUGUCGCGUACCAAGUGCUUGAUAUUGAAAGCGAUCCAGCUGCGCAGGGCUUUGAGUUGCAAUCAUUCGACCUUAUUGUUGCUUCCAACGUAUUGCAUGUGACAUCUAAUCUUCAUAAAUCAUUGCUCAAUGUCCGAUCACUGUUGAAGCCCGGAGGACGGCUAAUCCUCCAGGAACUGGGCCUUCUACCGGGAUGGUGGGCAGAGAAAGAAGACAGUCGCGAGGCAGGGCCCCUAGUUUCCGUCCAACGAUGGAAUACGGAGCUCCUUUCUGCCGGGUUCAGCGGCACAGAUAUUGUCAAGCUCGACGAUGAGCACCCUUACUCCAUCACCGCUCACAUGACCAGCACUGCACUCGCCGAGGUGAAAGAACCGCUGGGGUUGACGUUUCUCUACAGGCAGGUUCGGCAUGAAUUUGCUUGUAAACUGGCCGAGAAGCUUCACCUUCUGGGUCACCAAGUGCAGUGGGUGCAGUUGGGCUCUGAAGAGAACGACACAAAGGCAGAGUCUACUGGCUGUGACAUCAUUUCCACUAUAGAGCUGGAGGGCAGCUCGUUCAUGGACGACAUUUCAGAAGCCGACUAUGGACACAUGAUGAAGCUUCUUGCCCGCCACAAACGGGGAAUUCUCUGGUUGACUCGACCGGCACAGUUUGCCUGCGAAACACCCGGCUAUGGCGCCACCACGGGACUGAUGCGAUGCGCCCGCACUGAAGUUGGGCUGGACUGCUGGACAGCCGAGAUUGAAGACUUGGAUGACACUGCUUUAGAUUCCGUCUUUGCGCUUUCUCGCAAGUUCUGCCAGCGAGGACCGAUGGAUCGGGGCGUAGAUGCCGAGUAUGCCGUUCGGCGCGAUGGUGUUGUAUACGUUCCUCGAUUCCACUUGGAAUCGACGGAGAACGAGCUCCAACAGCUAUCCGGCGACGACGUUGCCAAGCAGCUAGUCAUUGGGCAACUCGGAUCGGUCGAUACGCUCCACUGGGUAACACAUACAGAACAUUUGGACCUGGCACCCGACGAGGUAGAGGUGGAUAUUCGUUUUGUUGGGUUGAAUUUCAAGGAUCUUCUUACAACCAUGGGUAUUCUUCACGGCCAGAAAGAUUCUCUCGGUUUGGAAUGUAGCGGCGUGGUUACUCGCAAAGGAUCAGCCGUCGAUACUGUCAAUGUCGGCGACCGCGUUUGUGCCAUGGGCUCGGGUCUGAUAAGAACGCGGAAAUGCUUUCCUUCAAAGCUCAUCAUACAGAUCCCAGAUGACAUGACGCUCGAGCAAGCUGCCACGUUGCCAGUCGUGUACGCAACGGUAGUACAUGCAAUUGUCAACAUUGGCCGCCUGCGAAAAGGACAGUCCAUUUUAAUCCAUUCCGCGGCCGGUGGUGUAGGCCAGGCCGCCAUCUACAUGUGCCGAGCUAUCGGCGCCGAGGUUUAUGUCACCGCCGGGACAGAAGAGAAGGUUCAGUUUCUCAUGGAAACGCAUCAAAUUCCCCGUGAACACAUUUUUGACUCGCGGAGCGACCGUUUCCUCGACGGCGUCAUGGGAAUAACCGACGGCAGAGGAGUUGAUCUGGUACUCAACUCAUUGGCAGGUGAUCUCCUCCAAGCCUCGUGGUGUUGUGUUGCAAAACACGGCAAGAUGCUCGAAAUCGGAAAGCGAGAUAUACUGGAGCAUGGGAGACUCGCCAUGGACAUGUUUCAAGGCAACCGAGCAUACUGUGGCAUCGAUCUCUCUGCCAUGGACGAGGAGCAACUCACGCCCUAUGGCAGGUUGAUGGGCCAAUGCUUCAACCUGAGAUACAAGCAACAUCUAAAGCCCAUCGAGCCUGUUCAAACCUUUGGGCCGGACCAGAUUUCUGAAGCGUUCAAGCUCAUGAAAAAGGGUCACCACAUGGGCAAGUUGGUCAUAGCCAUUCCGGAAAACGGGUCGAAAAUACCAGCCAAAACCUCGGACAAGUCAAAACUGUUUUCCGACAAGCCCACAUAUCUCCUGGUCGGCGGUCUUGGAGGACUCGGCAGAGAGGUGGCCCGGUGGAUGAUAGAGAAGGGGGCCAAAAGCCUCUGCUUUCUAUCUCCCUCUGCUGGUAGCAAUCAGCAUGCGGCAUUCAUAAAGGAAUUGGAGUCGCAAGGGUGUAGAAUUACGGCCAUAGCAGGAGAUGUCUCAGAGAUGCAGGAUGUCGAGAGGGCCAUCAGCGCGUCGCCAUCACCGAUUGGAGGCGUCAUGCAGCUUUCUAUGGUGUUGAGGGACUGUGCCUUGAUAGAAACGACAUACCAGGACUGGAAAGCCGUACAGAAUCCCAAGGUCAAGGGAACCUGGAACCUGCACCGCGCUCUUAUCAACACCAAGCUUAAAUUCUUCAUCUUGUUCAGCUCCAUUGCAGGUCUACUCGGGCAUCCUGACCAAGGAAGCUACGCCUCGGCAAAUACAUUCCUCGACUCAUACUGUCACUACCGCCACGGGCUGGGGCUCCCUUGCUCAGUCAUCGAUCUCGGCGGAGUCGACGGCAUCGGCGCCCUCGCUGUCAAGUCCAACAAAAUCAGCCAUUUCAACUCGUUGGGCUUGUUUCUUCUUCAGCAAGACCAUGUGAUGGAGGCUAUAGAAAUCGCACUGCACACGUCUGCCCCUACGUCACUGACAGUAUUGCCCAGGCCUGUUGGUGGGUUUACUUGGAAGCCUCAGAUCGCCAUCGGGCUCGCCUCUGCCCGCGCAUCCUCAAUUCCUGUAAACCUACAGUUAUUCAAGUCUGAUGUGCGUUUUGGCGAAUAUGUCAACCUCGCCGUCGAUGAAGAUCAAAGAGAAGUGAAAAAAGAAGCAAUGUUGCGCGAAGUCCUUGACCAAGUUGAAGCUGAUCCAUCGGUGCUCGACACCCCGGGCACCCUAGAUCGACUCUCUUUGGCCAUUGGCAGCACACUUUUUGAGUAUCUGUCGCUGUCAGAGAAUGAAAUGGACAUCCACGCACCACUUGAAUCUAUUGGUGUAGAUUCGCUCGUGAGUAUUGAGAUCCGUAACUGGUGGCGGAGGACGAUCGGAUUAGAGAUAACUGCUUCCGAGAUUGUGAAGGCGGGCAGCAUUGAGGGACUGGGUAAGUUGUUAGUUACAGGUCUAAGGAAAAAGUACAACAAGGGGUCAGAUCUGCCAUCAGAUGCUGCAAACAAGGCAUCAUCUUGA